AUGGUCACCAAGCAAGAUAGACCAUACUACUUACAAGAGGACGAUCAAGAGGGUGAAGCUUUGGUCUUGCCCGCCGAGGAGGAUGAUCCUAGUAUUCCCAAAGAUGAGAGUCAGAAGGACAAGAAGGCGAGGGAGAAGAGGGAGAAGGAAGCUGGAGUGAGGAGGGUCAAAGUGGGUAAGGUAGAGCUGGACCCGAGUAUAGACUACGCCAACUUUACAUCAGAUGGACCAGGUUUAGACUCCAAAGCGAUACUGGAUGAUAUGGGGAUGAUCAAUAUCUGGGUGGAUCUCAAGAAACCAUUACCUGAUCUUCCGACGGAUUAUGCUCGAGCAGUCAAGGAGUAUGCCGUGGAUCGAAGGAAGGGAGUCAAGUGUCCUCCAUUGAAUGUAGUCAUAUUUAUAGUCGGGUCGAGGGGUGACGUUCAACCAUACUUGUCACUAGCAAUGCAUCUCAUUACAUCCCAUUCACACCGGAUCAGAAUAGCUACUCAUCCAGAUUUCAAAGACUUCAAUCUGGAGGAUAAGCUGGAAUAUUAUGACGUGGGAGGGAAUCCGAAAGAAUUGAUGGCAUAUAUGGUCAAGAAUCCCGGUCUCUUGCCUGGUAUGGCAUCAUUGACCAAUGGCGACAUAUCAUCCAAGCGAAAGAUGACUGCUGAAAUGCUAGAAGGGUUUCAUAAAUCUACUUAUUCGCCUGACUCAGUAUCUGGAAGACCUUUUGCAGCAGAUGCGAUCAUUAGUAAUCCCCCAGCUUUCGGUCACAUACAUAUUGCUGAGGCUUUAGGCCUUCCACUACAUAUGACUUUCACGAUGCCUUGGUCACCUACAACAGCCUUUAACCACCCUUUGGUGCGAAUCGAGCAGUCCAAUGCGGAGAAAGGAUUGACAAAUUACCUCAGUUUCGCUUUGGCCGAAAUGCUUACCUGGCAAGGUUUAGGAGAUGUUAUUAAUUCUUUCCGAAGCAAGACCCUCUAUCUGGAACCGUUAUCGAUGAGUUCGGGUCCCUCUGUGGUAGAUAGACUGAAAGUACCUUGGACGUACUGCUGGAGCGAAGGGCUGAUCGAGAAGCCGAAAGAUUGGAAGAAUCAUAUUGAUAUAUCCGGCUUCUACUUCUUGGAGGGUGACAAGGAUUAUGAACCUGAUCAGGAAUUGAAAGAAUUUUUGGGAGCUGGUGGACCUCCGAUAUAUAUCGGCUUCGGUUCAGUUGUAGUGGAAGAUGCGACUGCAAUGACCAAAACAAUCUUCGAAGCUGUUAAACAUUCCAAUGUAAGAGCUUUAGUCAGUGCGGGAUGGGGUGGUUUGGGAGGUUGUGACGUGCCAGACAACGUGUUCAUCCUAAAGGGCAAUAUUCCGCAUGAUUGGUUGUUCUCAGAAGGACGAGUUAGCGCUGUGUGUCACCAUGGAGGCGCGGGCACCACGGCAAUCGGACUAAGAAACGGCUUACCUACGAUCGUUGUCCCAUUCUUUGGUGAUCAAGCCUUUUGGGGUGAGAUGAUACAUAAAGCGGGAGCUGGACCCCCUCCGAUCCCUCAAAAGACUCUCACGACGGAAAACCUAGCCAAAGCGAUUGAGUUUGCUACUUCUCCUCAUGCAAAAGCCGCAGCCAAGGGUAUGGCAGAUAAGAUAAAGUCGGAGUCUGGCGAAGUGAAAGGCGUGGAAUCAUUCCAUAAUCACUUGCCUUUACUCAAUAUGAGAUGCGACGUGGAUCCUGAUCAGAUAGCGACAUGGUGGUCGGACAAAUUAUGUUUGAGGCUGAGUGGUGUUGUAGCUGCUUUGAUGGUCGAGAAGGGAAAACUCGAUUGGAAGGAAUUGGAAGUUCACCGAGCGAAAGAGUACGACUCGAAAAGGAGAGUGGUCGAUCCCAUCAGUGGAGGUGCUAGUGCGAUCUUGGGUACGAUAACGGGUUAUUAUGCUGGUAUCGCUCAAAUUUUCUACAAUCCGCCAAAAGGAAUAAUCAACACUACCACAGCCAUACCGAAGGGUAUGGUCAACAUCAUCGAUAACAUAUACGAAGGGAUGGAUAACAUUCCGAGAAUGAUCGGUUCGGAACAAGUGAGAGAAAGAGGUAAAGUAGACGAUUUUGAGAGUGGAGUGAAAGAAGGCGCAAAGGGCGUUUUCUACGGUUAUUGGGACGGAAUAACGGGUUUGGUUAGAGAACCGGUGGAAGGUGCCAAGAAGGAAGGCUUUGUCGGUGCGAUCAAAGGGAUGGGAAGGAGUUACGUAAAUGUUACUGCUCGUCCAGCAGCCGGUAUAGUCGGAGCGAUAUCACUGCCUAUACGAGGUCUGACGAAAGCAUUCCAAAACAAAUUUUCGGCACCCCGUGAGAUCGUAUUGGAACAACCUAGGAGAUUACUAUCUAUCGAAUCGCUUGAUUCUCUAUCGCCAGAGGAAAAAGAUAGCCUAAGCAAGAAAUUCCAAGACCUUACCAGACCCGAGAAGGUCAAGGAAAGGAAGGAGAGUUUGAAGAAGAGGGCGAAGAGGGUAAUGGAGGGUGAUGAGACUGCCUUGGAUAAGGGAGAUAGCACUCCAGUGGAAGAAAAGGAGGAAAUAAACCCUAACAAUAUUCCAGAGGCCGAGGCGGAUGUGAAGGCCAAUGAACUCCAGGGAGAAGGGAAGAAGCCGAGGGAGAUGGAAGAAGCUGAACGUAGAGGGUAUGAACGAGCUCUGAGGGAGUUGAAGGAAAGAGAAGGUAAAUAA